UUUGUGUGGUCGUGUCACGCGAUGGUGUCAGUCCGAAUCGUUGUGGUUCGGAGGUUCCCGUGUCGUGUAUUUCCGGUGUGACCCUCCUGAUCACUGUGAUGUGGAUCCGAUCAGAAAAGUGGCUGCAUGUGGUUGAAGAGGUGCUGAAGGUGAUGCGCACCAUGGAUGACCGCAUCGUCCACGCCCUGAACACCACUGUGCCCACAGUUUCCUUCUCAGGCAAAGUUGAUGCCACACAAACAUGCAAACAGCUGUAUGAAUCUAUGAUGGACGCCCAUCUGAGCAGAGACCAAGCUAUCAAGGCCUGUAUAGCCCAAACAUCUGAGGUGGUGGGACAGCUGCGUGAGGAAAGAGCAAAAGACGGUGACGACCUGGCAGUCAUCAAGCAACUCAGGAAGGAGCAGACCAAAUUAAAGAUGAUGCAGUCAGAGCUGAAUGUUGAAGAAGUUGUCAAUGAUAGAAGUCUGAAGGUUUUCAGUGAAAGGUGCAGAAUCCACUACACGCCUCCGAAGGUGAAACGAAGCUCUGAGUGAGAUGUGCUGCUCACUCGAGGUUUAAACCCAGACUGGAGCUGACACUGUGACCUGCUGCCGAGUCGUGACUGCAGGCGCUUCACCAUCCAGACCUCUCUGACCUCUCUUCCAUCACACUUACAGUAUAUUCCUCUGUGAUUAUUGUAUUGCAUUACCAUCGCUGUAAAACUGUCCCAUGUGCUUCUUUAAUGAGAAUCAUUGUACAAAAGGAGGUUGUUUUUUUUAAAUGACAGUGAAAUGUUUUCAUGUGACGCUGGCUGUCUGUUUGAUUCGGUCUUUUCUGCAUCCAAAUGAAAAUGAGUGGUACAGUUUAUUUUAAAACUCAUCCACAAUGCAAAUGUUCAGAAAGGCAGCGAGUCAGAUGGGGUUUUUAGCCUCCAUUUCAGGGAUGACCUGCCUCCACUUCCAAAAUAUCUUGGACAUGGGUGCCACCAUCUUGUGCCUUUGACGUCAUUUGGAGCCAGAGUCUGUGCAGUUGUGAUCAUUUAGUGGAGCAGCGGUUCAAUCACAAGACAGUCUGAGCUUUAAAGGUCCAGUGUGUAAGAUUUAGGUGAAAGGGAUCUAUUGGCAGAAAUUGAAUAUAAAAUAAUCCUAGUGAGGUUUUCACUAGUGUGUUUCAUCUAAAUUGUACAAAUUGUUUUUUUCUUUACCGUAGAAUGAGCUCUUUUAUAUUUACAUGUGGAGCAGAUCCUCUCUGUGGUGGCUGCCAUGUUUUUUACAGUCAUCCAAACUGGACAAACUAAACACCUUUGGAGAUUUUAUGACAA